AGCCGUCGUGCGCAGGUUCAGUCGGCGGCGGUCUGUACCAUGGAAUGUCCUUACUGCAGGUGGUGCUGAGUUCACUCCACGCGUGACGCUAGCGUUGCAGCGACUGCCUUCCUCGGGGUUGAUAACGGAGCGCCAUCCCCUGCCUCCCUGUUUUCCGUAGUCCUUCGCCCUCACGCUCCCAUCCUGCUCUGACACCGCCGAACGCCCUUAGCUGCCCUCGAACGCGUGGUAAACCGGGACCUGGCAAUGAUCGCACUGGCGUUCGAUCUCAAUGUUUUGACGAGGGACCUGUCAUUGUACCUGGAGAACCAAGUCAAAGUCGGGCUUUUCGGGUCUGGAGUGGGACUGUCAUUGGUACUCGGCUUCAGCGCCGCGUACGCUUGUUACUACUUGAUCUCGGUAGCCAAGAAACCGCAGCUGAUCGCCGGGGGGAAGAAGUUCUGCCAGUUCCUGAGGGAACAAUGUCCCGUGGUGUCGGAGACGUACUACCCCACCUUCUGGUGCUGGGAGAGCCGGGUCCAAACUCUGCUCAGGCCCUUCGUCACCGCAAAGCCUUGGGUCAGCUACAGGAAUGAGCUCAUUAGGGCGGCAGAUGGCGGGCAGAUUUCCCUGGACUGGUUCGACAACGACGGCAGUGCCACCCACCCGGACCCGGCCUCGCGGCCCACCGUGCUGCUGCUGCCGGGCCUGACCGGGACCAGCCGGGAGUCCUACAUCCUGCACAUGGUCCAGCAGAGCCGCGAGCUGGGAUACAGAUGCGUGGUGUUUAACAACAGAGGGGUGUCUGGUGAAAGACUCCUGACACCUCGGACUUACUGUGCCGCCAACACCGAGGACCUGGAGGCUGUCAUCGAGCACAUCCAGAACGCCUGCCCAACCGCCCCACUGAUGGCCGCCGGCGUCUCCAUGGGAGGGAUGAUGCUGGCCAACUACCUGGGCCGGAAGGGGCGGGAGACGUGCCUGCGCGGGGUGGUGGUCUUCUCGGCCGGCUGGGAUGUGUUCGAGUGCACCGCCUCGCUGGAGAAGCCCCUGGACCGCUUCCUCUUCAACUCCUACCUCACCAGCUGCCUGCAGGCGUCCGUCGACAGACACAGGCCCGUCCUUGAGAAACUCUUUGACAUUGACCACGUAAUGAAGGCGAAGACCGUGCGGGAGUUCGACGAGAGGUUCACGUCCAUCAUGUUCGGCUACCCCACCAACGAAGACUACUACAGGGAUGCCAGCCCCAUCCACCGGCUGAAGUCUGUGCAGGUGCCCAUGCUGUGUCUCAACGCCGCUGACGACGUCUUCUCCCCAAACCAUGCGUUCCCGGUGGAGACGGUGAAGCAGAACCCCAACGUGGCCCUCCUGAUCACCGACCACGGCGGCCACAUCGGCUUCCUGGAGGGGGUGUGGCCUCGGCAGAGCACCUACAUGGACCGGGUGUUCAGGCAGUUUGCCAAGGCCGUCAUCGAGCAAGGGAACCACCUUCAGGACCUUUAACGGCCCGUCCCGAGCCGGCACCCCCCCCCCCCCCCAC